GGAAAUACCAAGAGUAACCACCCGGGAACGAAACAGGGGCAACUCCAUAAAAUAUUAAAUGAAGGAGGUUUUAAACCUAAAUAACCAGAACAAUGGUGGAAAGAUUCUUUCGUCUGCCCCAAAUUGAUUUUCACUCUCCUCGUGAUGAUGGUAACCAUCCCUCACAACCCCAAAUCCUGCUCGUUUCCGGCCCACCUUCCUGUGGGAAAUCCUCGUUACUCUUCCAGUUUGCAUUUAAUUCUGCUAGCCAUGGCACCAGCAGCAGUUCUACUUGUUCUACUGUGGUGUUUCUCUGCAACCGGCGCAAAUUAGAAACUAACCCUCCAUUUCUCUCUCAGGGAAUUGAUCCAUCUUCUCAAGUCUUUGAACGUAUCCAGAUGAAGUAUGUUGAUGAUGAUGAAGGAAUCAAGAAGUACUUUGCUGGGUUUCACUUGCAUAACUCUACUUUCCCUGCUUUAGUUGUCAUUGAUGAUUUUGCAGAUUUCUUUGAUCAGAGAAAUUGCCAAGAGAGAUAUGGGAAUGCAAGGGGAAGAGAAUUGGCCAUGGUUCGUGUUCUGGCUCUCUGUCAAAAUGCAUUAUCUCAUGCCAAUGAAGCAGGAUGGCCGUGCAGGCUAUUACUUUCUGACUCGCAGCAUGGUGAUUCCCCAAGGUUUCUCUAUAUAUACAAGCGAUGGGUUUCAUCAAUCUACAACAUUCAAGGUUUUAUUCAACUCUAAAGUUCUCUGUAACUGUGUUCUUUGACCCAUCUUUUGCUUUGAAAUCAGUAACAUCCGUUGUUUUCAUGGUAGGUGAUGGUCUUGGAUCAUUCCUUCUCAAGAAUACCUACCAGUCUGGACUGACCGAUGCUGCUCGUAGAACCAAAUCAGCCAAGUAUUCCAUAUCUCUUCAGUUUUUGGUCCUGGAAAGUAUUACAGAAGAUGAUAGACAAUUAUGAAGGAACUUUGAAGCCUGUAUUAGGAAGCCUCUUUUCUAGUACAUUUUGAGCUUUCUCUACUCUGUUCUGAGAAUUAAGCUUUUACUCUGUGUGUGUGUGUGUGUCCAUCGACAAUGUCUCUUAGUCCCAUUGCUUAAUGUAAUAUGCCCUGUAACAGUAAUGUAGAACUGCUGCAUUCCAAUCUUUCUUCCGUUCACCAAAUUUAUGACUAGUUACAAUAACUUCCUUGGUCUCAUAUCCAACCUAACAUUGCAAAUCGGAAUUGGUAUAAUCAUCUAGUUCAGGCCACAUUGCCACAAUAACAAGUAUAAUCUAGAGCAAAAAUUGAAUUAAGAAUCUAAUCUAAAAAGAUAACUUGACAAUUAGAUGAAGUGGACACAGAUCAGAACAGGAUGGCCUUCAUUGCUGCAAACACUUCAGAGAUCUGGUAAAUGAUGAUGGAAGAGCAUUUUGGUUGCUCCAACAGCAUAAUACAAGCCGGUGUAUCAGACUGCAGUUAGAUAGGUAUAGCUGCUGUAACAACCAAGACCCCUCUGAGCUUUGGCUAUGGCAAAAGCCAAAUGCCCAAAUCAAUCUAGGAACCUGAACAUAUUCACAAGUUUUCAUAUGCACUCUUCAGAAACUAUUCAGUUGAGUGAGCAUAGAGACAAGUUCGUCGCUUGAGGGUCGCUCUGCAGGCAAGUCAGAGAGGCAUGCAACAGCAACUCUAACAGCCAUCAGCAUUUCAUCUUCCUCAACUUCUUGCCCAUUGAGAAUACUUUGGUCCAGUGCCUUUCGAGCCUCUCCUGCCUGCUGCAGAUGCCGAAGCCAUUGUCCCAAACUUCCUCCAUUAGGAGCUUCCCCAAAGAAACUGUCCAACGGAUCCUUCCCAGUCAAUAGAACAGCCAAGAUGACUCCAAAACUGAAGAUGUCACUCUUAUCAGUGU